AAACAGCUGAUCAGACCGGAAGUGACCGAGACAGAAAGUGCGCAUCAGAAAAUCCGCGAGGCUCCGAGUGAUAGGUACUUGAUCAAUAACUGAUCCAGUGCACGUAUUCGAUCAGAGAUGAGCUACGCAGGCGCAGAACUAAGGAUUCUGUUCAGUCCGGGGCGCGUGCAGCUUGUUCAGGAGGAGUUGCUUGUGGGGGCACCACGGGUCCUGGUUACCGGGGCGACAGGCCUCCUGGGGCGAGCGGUGUGCCGAGAGUUUCACAGCGCUGGAUGGACCGUCAUCGGGACGGGAUAUAGGAGAGCCAGGCCCCGCCUUCUGCGCUGUGACCUCACAGACGAGGACGCCGUCAGAGGACUGCUGCACGAAUACAAGCCUGAUGUGAUCGUCCACUGUGCGGCCGAGAGGCGUCCAGAUGUUAUGGAGAGACACACGGAAGCAGCUGUUAAUCUGAACGUGCACGCCACGAGCACACUCGCCAAGGAGGCAGCCACCUGCGGGGCGCUCUUCCUCUACAUCAGCACCGACUACGUGUUUGACGGCAGGAAUCCUCCGUACGGAGAGGACGACAGUCCAAACCCACUCAACGUUUAUGGGCGGAGCAAACUGGAGGGGGAGAGGGAGACCCUGCGCCACUGUCCAGGUGCGGUGGUACUGCGGGUGCCUGUUCUGUUUGGGGAGGUGGAGUCGGUGACGGAGAGCGUGGUGACGUCGUUGUACCUGAAGGUUCAGGAGGCAUCGGAGGAGAGCUGCACGCUGGAUCACGUCUUGCAGAGAUUCCCCACUGACGCCCGAGAUGUCGCCGCCGUCUGCAGGAAGCUGUCUGAGAGAGCGCGACAGGACCUGUCCAUCAGAGGAAUCUUUCACUUCUCUGGGAAAGAGCAGAUGACCAAAUAUGAGAUGGCGGUCGCCAUCGCUCAGGCCUUCAACCUGCCGUCCAGCCACCUCAUACCUCUGACCGAGCAGCCGGCGGCGUCGGCUCUUCGUCCAAUCAACAGUCAGUUAAACUGUUCUCGUCUGGAGCUGCUGAACCUGAGCGUGGAACCACGACCUUUCACCUCCGCCAUUAUCGACUGUCUGUGGCCGUUCACGCCCGACAAACGCUGGAGACAGACAGUCUUCCACUGACACGGCUGGAUUAGCAGCGGGCCGGAUGUACAGAUUAUUUAGUCUUUGUGCCCCAAGUCCUGUCUGCAAGCUCUACACUGCUGAUAGUAUUACCAGGUUAUAGUCCUGUACCAGAUUAUACUCUGAAUAUUACCAGAUUAUACUCGGAAAAUUACCAGAUUAUACUCGGAAAAUUACCAGAUUAUACUCGGAAAAUUGCCAGAUUAUACUCGGAAUAUUACCAGAUUAUACUCGGAAAAUUACCAGAUUAUACUCUGAAUAUUACCAGAUUAUACUCUGAAUAUUACCAGAACACACUUGGAAUAUUACCAGAUUAUACUUGGAAAAUUACCAGAUUAUACUCGGAAAAUUACCAGAUUAUACUCGGAAUAUUACCAGAACACACUUGGAAUAUUACCAGAUUAUACUCGGAAUAUUACCAGAUUAUACUCGGAAAAUUACCAGAUUAUACUCUGAAUAUUACCAGAUUAUACUCUGAAUAUUACCAGAACACACUUGGAAUAUUACCAGAUUAUACUUGGAAAAUUACCAGAUUAUACUCUGAAUAUUACCAGAUUAUACUCGGAAAAUUACCAGAUUAUACUCGGAAUAUUACCAGAACACACUUGGAAUAUUACCAGAUUAUACUCGGAAUAUUACCAGAACACACUUGGAAUAUUACUAGAUUAUACUCGGAAUAUUACCAGAUUAUACUCUGAAUAUUACCAGAUUAUACUCUGAAUAUUACCAGAACACACUUGGAAUAUUACCAGAUUAUACUCGGAAAAUUACCAGAUUAUACUUGGAACAUUGCCAGAUUACAGUCAGAAUAAUGUUCAGGGUUGAGUCUUGUUAAUCCCUAAUUGUUCAUGUUUUGUGUCAGUGUUUGCGUGGCUUCACUUUAUAUCAGUGUGAACAAACUGAGUGUGCUCUGUAAAAUUCACGCUACACUUCAGUGUGUUCUGACAACAAAAUGUUACAUACUAUAUCACCACCUCCAAUCUUCAGUCUAAUCUGUACCUUAUUAGGUUAGUCUGGACUCUGUUAGUUUAAUCUGGACUUGUUUUGGGUUUUUUUUUUGCUCUAUGUAUGGGACCUGAAAAAAUACCUGUGAUUUUUAUGUUUGACGUUCAGGUUUAAUCAGGAAGUUUGAAGUGGAUCCCAGAUUAAAUCCGACUCCUGCUGAGGAAAAGCCUGCCAGCUGCAGGACUCACAGUGAAGUGUGUAUUUCUGCUGUAAACAACUGUCAGCUCAACAUUAAAUACGUGAAACUGUCAA